AUGUGUAAUCAGGCUCGACGUUAUCAUUGGUAUUCAAUUUAAGCUAGAGUGAUAACUGUAAUACCAAUAAAUGAUAUAACAGUUGUUUUGAUAGCUAUUUAUCAUAAUUUAAUUAUUUAAUUAUAAAUGGGUGCAACAUGUAGUAAUACUUGCUGUACUAAUGAUUAAGAAAUCAGUAGUAAAGGCGGCAAUGAUAAAUAAGAGGUUGUAUUAUCGAAAAAUAAAUCAUUAAAAGAAAGUUAAAGAAAUAAUAAAGAAACAGAGAGAUUUAACGCUGAUAAUGAUUAAGGCAAAUCUGAUGCCAGCAUUAGUAGUAUGAAAAAAGAGAAUUAACUCAUCUAAAGCACUGUAGGCAAAAUGUAGAGAGUUCAAUUAGAAGGUAUGGGUUUAGUUAAUUUAGAAAUCUCAUUUUCAGAUGGAACUACAUAUAAAGGAGAAUGGAUGAACGGAUUAAAGGAUGGAUAAGGAGUUCUCAAAUGGCCUUCGGGCAGUAUCUAUUCGGGUGCUUUCCUUGAAGGCAAACUUAAUGGCAAAGGCAAAUUAAUUUUAGAUGACGAAGAUUAUUAUGAAGGAGAAUGGAAGGAUGAUAAAUGUAAUGGAUAUGGUGUUUAUUUAUGUAAAAAUGGGGCACGAUAUGAAGGAAAUUGGAAAAAUGAUAAGUAACAUGGGAAGGGAAAAGAAGUUUGGUAAGAUGGAAAUUCAUACGAAGGAUUCUACAAUGAUGGUAAAAAACAUGGUUAAGGAAUUUUAAAAUUCUCCAAUGGCACUAUCUAUGAAGGUGACUUUUCUAAUAAUGAGUUGGAAGGAUAAGGUACAAUGACUUGGACAGAUAAAAGAGUAUAUAAAGGAUAAUGGAAAAAGUCAAAAAUGAAUGGUUAUGGAGUGUUAACCUUUCCAGACGGAAGAAUUUUCAAAGGACAUUUUUAAGAUGAUAAGAAAAAUGGCUUUGGUGAAUUUACUUGGAAUGAUGGCAAGAAGAUGAUAUCUAGUUGGACAAAUGGUAAAUUGAUAUACAAAUUAGGCAAGUAAAAUGGUAUUGGUAUUUGUACAAAUGGUGAUCGAAAAAUAGGAUAUUGGGAAGAUGGAAAAAGAACUAAAUGGCUAGAUGAGCAAGAAAAGAAAUUACAUUCUGAAUCCAUUUAAUAAUUAGAACUAGUAAAAUUUUUAUGA